ACUGCCGAGCGCUGGAGGCUCCGCGGACCUACCCACCGAACCCCAGACUGAGUCCGCCUGUGGAGCUGCAGCCCCGUGCGCCGGAGCCUCCCGGAGCCACCUGAGGCCGAGUCCUUAGGGCCGCGGAGGAGCAGAGGGCUGCGUGGAGAACGUCGCAGGAGUCACCCUGCGCGGAAGUGCGCUUGCCUUGGUUUGCUUUCAAAUAGAGCUAGAGAGUUUCCCUGACAGACGUAUUUGGGUGAAUUCAUCGCUGAGUCUUCGGCCGCCCCCGCCCUGCAGGCUGCCCCUGAACCCCUGGGGCGCAGCGCCAGCGCAGGGCACCGGAGGACGCCUCCCGAGGGAAAGGGGGGACCUGCACGCAGCCUAGCGGGAAGAGUAAUCGUGGGAAUUCAGCUAUCUGCCCAAGCAAUAUGAAGAUUUUAUUUGUAGAACCUGCCAUUUUCCUUAGCGCGUUCGCUAUGGCUUUGAUCAGUCCCCUGGCAACACAGUAUGUUUAUAGGAGAAUAUGGGAAGAAACAGGCAACUACAGUUUUUCAUUUGAUAGCAAUAUCUCUGAGUGUGAAAAAAACAAAAGCAGCCCAAUAUUUGCAUUCCAGAAGGAAGUUCAGAGAAAAGCAUCUCUUUUUAGCCUGCAGAUGGACAUAAGUGGGUUAAUCCCGGGCCUAGUGUCUACCUUCAUACUUUUGUCUAACAGUGAUCACUAUGGGCGGAAACUCCCUAUGAUCUUGUCUUCCGUUGGUGGACUUGCAACCACCAUUUGGCUCUGUUUGCUUUCCUAUUUUGCACUUCCAUUCCAGCUUUUGAUUGCCUCGACCUUCAUUGGUGCAUUUUGUGGCAAUUAUACCACGUUUUUUGGAGCUUGCCUGGCCUAUAUAGUUGAUCAGUGCAAGGAACACAAACAAAAAACCAUUCGAAUAGCUAUAAUUGAUUUUAUACUCGGCGUUGUUACUGGACUAACGGGACUGUCAUCUGGCUAUUUUAUUAGAGAGCUAGGUUUCGUGUGGUCAUUUUCAAUUAGUGCUGUGGUUCUUGCGGUCAACUUGAUCUACAUUUCAUUUUUUCUGAGUGAUCCAAUGAGAGAGUCUUCAUCUCAGAAUGUUACUAUGUCAUGUGGUGAAGGCUUUAAAAACCUAUUUUAUCGAACUUACAUGCUUUUUAAAAAUGCUUCUGGUAAGCAACGGACUUUGCUCUGUUUGUUACUUUUUACAGUGAUCACUUAUUAUUUUGUGAUCAUUGGCAGUGCCCCGAUUUUUAUCCUUUAUGAAUUAGAUUCACCGCUCUGCUGGAAUGAAGUUUUUAUAGGUUAUGGAUCGGCUUUGGGGAGUGCCUCUUUUUUGACUAGUUUCCUAGGAAUAUGGGUUUUUUCUUACUGUAUGGAAGAUAUUCACAUGGCCUUCAUUGGAAUUUUUACCACCAUGGCCGGAAUGGCCAUGACUGCUUUUGCCAGGACAACACUGAUGAUGUUUUUAGCCAGGGGCCCGUUCCUAUUCGCUAUUGUGCCAAUGUCUGUUCUGCGGUCCAUGUUGUCAAAAGUGGUUCGUUCUACUGAACAAGGUGCCCUGUUUGCUUGCAUUGCUUUCUUAGAAACACUUGGUGGAGUUGCUGCGGUUUCUAUUUUUAAUGGAAUUUAUUCCGCCACCGUGGCUUGGUUUCCUGGCUUCAUUUUCCUGCUGUCUGCUGGUCUAUUACUCAUUCCAGCCAUCAGUUUAUGGGCCAUCAGGUACACCGGAUGGGAUGAGGGAGGCUACAUACUCCUCAUACAGGAAGAAUCCAGCCAGGAGGCUUCGGACAGAUGAUGGGGUUUUCCACAUCAAAACCAUUAAUAUGCAUAUCAUAUACUGUGACUUCCAAGGGCCAUAAACUAAAUCACAAGCAGUGCUUCAUUAACAAUCAGUGUUACAGAUGCUUUCUUCUAACCUGAGCAGGCAGAGAAGCGGCCCCCAGCUUUCGAGUCUUACAGCACCAUGCACUUUGAGCACUCGGUCCAUCUCAGGUGAUGUAUUUCCAGCGAAUAGCAUAACAAAGCUCCCAUGCUUCUCACUUUGGGAUUUAGAAAAGAAACUGAAACUUAAUGGUGUAGCAAGGGAUUAAGAAACCUGAUAAGGUAAACGGCAGUACUCUCUCUGAUAUAUUCCUGUAUAUAUAUACUCCAGUCUUUUCCAUGAAACCAAGAAGAAUUCUGUACCUCAGUUUAUCUAUCUGCAAAAUGGGUUUCUGGCCCCUCUCUCAGGGAUUACGAAAGUAUAAUGAAAAUUAUGAUGAAUCACUCACUGAUAGGAAAAUAAUUAUAUAAUUUCAAAUAUUUAUAAUGUAAUUUUACCCAUAUUUGGGUAAUGCUUUGUUUUAUAAGAGCCCAUUAAGAUGUUAUUGAUAGUCAAAGCUUUUAAUAGAAAACCCUUAAAAGGGAGGCCCUUUUAAGAAUAGGUAUUUUUCACUCUUCUUAAUAUAUUUCAUUAGUGUCAAGCCUGUUAACAUUUUAAGUGUAAAAUGGGGGUAAUUGGGGAAAAAUAAGAUUAUAAAUAAAAUUGUUCUAAAGAAAUU